GGCGGGGCUUACAGCCCAGAAGCGGCGGCGGCGGCUCGCGGAGCCGGUGUGAGGCGGCUGAACCGGGCUGCGGGCCACGACAGGGCGCGGCGAGAUGGAGGUGACGGGAAUCUCGGCGCCCACAGUGAACCUUUUCAUCAGCAGCUCCCUCAACAGCUUCCGCUCUGAGAAGCGGUACAGUCGUAACCUCACCAUCGCCGAAUUCAAGUGUAAACUGGAGCUGGUGGUGGGCAGCCCUGCUUCCUGCAUGGAACUGGAGCUGUACGGAGCUGAUGACAAGUUCUACAGCAAGUUAGAUCAGGAGGCUGCACUGCUGGGCUCCUAUCCCGUAGAUGAUGGCUGCCGUAUCCAUGUCAUUGACCACAGCGGUGCCCGCCUUGGGGAGUAUGAGGAUGUGUCCAAAGUGGAGAAAUACGAGCUCUCACAAGAAGCCUACGACCAGAGACAGGGCACAGUCCGCUCCUUCCUGAAGCGCAGCAAGCUAGGCCCGUACAAUGAAGAGCAACGGGCACAACAAGAGGCCGAGGCCGCCCAGCGCCUUCACGAGGAAAAGGCCCAAGCCAGUGCCAUCCCUGUGGGCAGCCGCUGUGAGGUGCGGGCACCGGGGCAGUCCCCUCGCCGGGGCACUGUCAUGUAUGUAGGACUCACAGAUUUCAAGCCUGGCUACUGGAUUGGCGUCCGCUAUGAUGAACCAUUAGGGAAAAAUGACGGCAGUGUGAAUGGGAAACGCUACUUCGAAUGCCAACCCAAGUACGGUGCCUUCGUAAAACCAUCACUUGUGACAGUAGGAGAUUUCCCAGAAGAAGACUAUGGGUUGGACGAGAUGUGACACCCAAGGAAGGGCAUCUCCCUGCUCCAGCUCCUGACUCGGCCACUUGUUGCCCACCCCUGUGCGUAUACCCAUGGCUGUUUUUCCCUGACCCCAUUGUAAUUUUAUUCACCUUUCACCUGCCAUUGAUUUUUCAGACUUACACAUUAAAUUCAUCAGAAACUGAGGAAGUACAUGGAGGACUCUGAUUUGGGGAGGGGAAGCUGGGGAAAUGAGGGAAGCGAGGGUCCUUGGCAAAGUAAAAGUAGUGGUAGCUGGAAGCUAUGAGAUUGUUCUUUGUCCUUUGCUACUUUGUUCUGCUGCUGUAACACAUAGGGCCAAA